AUUAUACCCACCUGAUCCGUGACGUUAGACGCAAAGAGAUGGAGGCAGGCCAGUGAUGAAACCCGGCAGCUGUGGGGCAGUUAGGGUAAAUGGGAGGCUGAAUGUUUUGAUUUUUGACAGUUCCAUAGCUUUUUGGAUAGCGGCAGUUGAUCCAAGUUUUAGUUUGCACCUCUCAGCUGUGUACCGUAUUUACUUUGUUUGUCUGUGACGGAACACUGAUGGCGAUCUCUGCUGUUGGCAGCUGAGGUGUUGACGCUGGAAGCAGUGCUGUAUCUCUCUUUCUUCCUCUUGGGCAUAUCGUCACUAUUGCUGACAGUUCUUGGAGUCAUCAGGCCGGGGGUUGUAGGUGAGUGUCUGAAGGAUUUUGCUGUGCUUCUUUGGGGAAGGGAGCAUAGAGGAACUUUCUUUACCGAUUUCUGCCUGUUAUUGGGAGGAUUAUUAUGCGCCAUGGAUCCAAGUGCUACGUUGGAUGUCCCGGUGACCCUUGUCAUCAGAGCUCCUAAUCAGAAAUAUGACGACCAGACAAUCAACUGUUUUCUAAACUGGACUGUAGAGCAGCUAAAGACACACCUUUCUAAAGUGUAUCCAAGUAAACCGCUUUCCAGGGAUCAAAGGCUAGUCUAUUCAGGAAGAUUGCUUCUUGACCAUUUACAGCUGAAAGAUGUUUUCAGGAAGCAAGAUGACUAUCACAUGGUUCACUUAGUCUGCACUUCCCAAUCACCACCUGCUUCUCCAAAGGCCACAAGUACUAAAUGCAGCAGUGUGAUGCAGGAUUCCAGUGGCAGUUUGGGCUCUGGUUCAGAUCAAGCAACCUCUUCAUCAAGCCAAGAUACACUAACAACCUCAGUAAAUUCAAACUCAGAGGGACCAAGGCAUCGUAAUGUUCCUCAUGGUCAGACAAAUGCUGUUUAUAGUCAUGCAUUUCCACAUGUUAUGCAAGGGAAUGUUGGCAGUCAGGUUCCGGUAUCACAAGGGGUUCCAGUUGGGAUUCCAGCAUAUCCCGUGUUUAACUCUAUGCAGAUGUUGUGGUGGCAGAUGUAUGCACGACAGUAUUAUAUGCAGUAUCAAGCAGCAGUGUCAGCCCAAGGAACUGCAACUACCCAAACAGCUGCACCUGUGUCUUCGGUACCUGUAAAUCCACAGCCUAUCCCUCAGAAUGAACCUGUAGCACCUGCAAAUGUAGCUCCCCAGGAGAAUAGACCUGUUAACCAGAAUAUUCAGAUGAACGCACAGGGUGGUCCUGUAAUGAAUGAUGAGGACUUCAACAGAGACUGGUUAGACUGGCUGUACACAUUUUCCCGAGCUGCCAUUCUUCUGAGCAUUGUUUACUUCUACUCCUCCUUCAGUCGUUUUGUAAUGGUUAUAGGAGCUAUGCUUCUGGUUUACUUGCAUCAGGCUGGCUGGUUUCCAUUUAGGCAAGAUGGAGGACAACAAGCAGCCAAUGAGCCAGUUGCAGAAGUCAAUAAUGAUGGGCAGGAACCUGACCGCAAUGUAGAAAUGCAUGAAAUGGAACGCAUAAUGGAUGAUGGCAUUGAUGACAACACAGACAGAGGUGAAGAUGCAUCUGAAAAUGGUACUGCUGCACAGCAUCCUGGUUUAGUGGCAUCUGUUUGGUCUUUCAUUAUAACAUUCUUCACUUCUUUGAUUCCUGAAGGUCCACCUCAGAUAGUCAACUAAAGUUGUGAGGACCUUUGCCCACUGGACAAAUUCUUUGGAUGUACUGUAGGUGUAAGAGAGCCCAUUCUGAUUAAAAUGGGAGUGUACCGCUUUGGCAUUUUUGAGUGAAUGUGCAGUUUCUUAUAGUUGACUGCUUUGUAAUUCUUUCUUUGAUUAUAAUGUGAAUAAAACAGAUUACAUUUAUUUUUUUCCUUUUCACCUUGGCUUAUUAAAUAUCUGGAAGCACAAGGGCAAAUAAUAAGCUUUCCUGGGCUGUUUUCUCUCAUACGAGAGACAUAUUUUGUGUAAUAUAAUAAACUUUUUGUCUUCCACCAUUA